CCUGAAAUGUUUAUAAAAAUAAGAGUAACCUUCCAACGGUUUCCACACAGAGUUACUGCCAAUUCCACAUGCAUGUGAAAAGUAUUUGAAAAGCGUGGCAUGGGUCGAACGCGGUUGAGACUCGGUCGAGUUUCCUUUUCAUCCUGGUCACAAAUUUCCGCAUCCCCAGUCUCUCAGAAUGUGGUCUCACUCUUAAAAGGGAAACUACAUUUGUUGUAUGAACAGCUGCCAACAGAUAGGAGAACUUUGUUUACGAUUUUACUGGAAUUCGAGAAGAAGCUUAACAACACACGAAGCAAAAAGCAUGACAUCGGCUCUUAAAGAGAUCGAAGGGAUCAUUCUCACCGUCCUUUACGCCAUCACGAUGCUCGUAACAUUUGCAGGGAAUGGUUUCCUCAUCUACAUCGUGUGGAAGAAACCUGAGGUAAGAUCACUGACAAGCUUUAUGUUCGUCAACAUGGCCAUUGCUGAUUUGCUGGUGGGAUUGAUUGUGAUGCCCUGGUCGAUUGCCCAAGUACAUACUGACGGCUUAUGGAUGAUACCAGGAGUAUUUGGAGAAGUCAUGUGCAAAGGUGUGGUAUACAUUGCCUAUGCCACUUUAACAGCGUCCAUCCUCUGCCUGACAGUCAUAGCAUUGGACAGGUACUAUACCAUUGUUCAUCACCUCCGCCGCAAUCUUUGGUUCAGAAGGCCUAAACUGACUGUACCAUUUAUUUGGAUCUUUUCACUGGCUUCAAUGUCCAUUUUUCCGGCUAUUCAAACCGUGGAAGACCACAAUUCCCAAUGCAUGCUAUCUGUUUAUGUUUUGGGUGAUCCAUAUAAGGCUAUCCGUGGCCUAUUCCUCUACCUUGUGGUGAUCAACUAUCUGAUCCCUUUGAUUGUGAUGUCUUUUUUGUAUACUAUUAUUGCAAGGAGAUUAUGGUUUCAUGGGGCACAUCGAAAUGAGCAUUCGACUGAAAAUCGAGAGCAACAAGAAACCUUAAAGAGAAGAAUAGUUUGGAUGCUUAUCAUUGUUACCUCCACCUUUGCCCUUUGCUGGCUUCCAGCCCAUGUGGUUCACAUGAUAUUUGUCAUGCAAGCAUGGAAUAUUGAGGUAACUCUUCAGCCGAUUGUCAUGUUUGUGUGCUUUUGGUUUGGUCACGCCAACAGCGCCAUCAAUCCAUGGCUGUACAUUUUUCUGAGCACCAAGAUGAAUACCGCAUUUAAAAGAAUGGUGUGUAGAGAAACCCGCCAGUCGCCUCCGAGUAACAGCGUCAUAACAUCAAAUGCUAACUUACCACCUGAACAAGAAGCUGUCAAGGAAGAAUCAAGACUUUGAUCUUUUCCAUCAUCUGUAACAUUAACUAAUUAUUUGAUGACUAUAUGAAGAAGAAAUCCUCGCAUCAGCGUCAGUAUCUAAGCAACUGUGUGUACCUACUCCUCUUAGUUAGGGGAGGAGUAGGCGCGCAAUGACUUAGAUAAUGAAAUUGAUCCAAACUUUAGUAACACUGAUCAGACCAACAAGAUAGAUAUUAAGUAAAUACAUAUUUUUCAUGAUGAGUUUUAAGAUGGGAGAGGAGGAUUUCGAAGACAUCAGGAGCUAGUGCGACAUUCCCAUUUUUAGUGAUUUCCUAUUUUCGUUCCUAAUUACAUUUUUGUGCUUCUGCAUGCACAUUUUUCUUAUUUUUUUUCUCGCAUUCUUCCACUCACGUUGAUUUAUAUUCUGUUAGAUUUUUUCGUAUAGUUUUGCUUUGUUUAAUUUCAUUUUGUGUAAGCUUCUCGGUUGAAUUCAGCAUUGAGUAUCAGAGUCCUUGAGAUCAAUGUCAAUUAUUUUACUGCAUUUAAAAGAAUGGUGUGUAGAGAAACCCA